AUGCUCGACCAAAUUAGCAGCAGCCCGAUCGGUCUCGGCCUGUUGGGCGUGGGUGCCUUGGCUGCCUUGUACCUGCUGCAUAUCCUCCUGGACGUUCCCCUGCCCAAAGGAGUCGAUCGAAUCCGAGAGCCGCCAGGGAAGACGAGCUUCAGCUGGAAGACACGGCUUGCCUACGUGACUGACUGUCAACAGCUCUUCCACGAGGCGUAUCAUGAGUACUCGAAAAAAGGCAAAGCGGUCAUCAUCCCCGGGGUGGGAGCCCGCUCAGAGCUCAUUCUACCCGUCAGCUCGAUGCGCUGGGCGUUGAGACAGCCUGAACAUGUGCUGAACGUGGGCGAAGCGUUUGCCGAAGUUGACCAGAUUAAACACAGUCUUGGCCACACCAGGUUCGUCAUUGAUUCGUGGCCCGGUCUGCUGAUUCGGACGGAACUGAAUUCGGCCUUGGAAAACAUCGUCGCGGCGAUGAACGAUGAGCUAAAAGUCGCGUUUGAUGCCCAUUUUGGUACUGACGACAAGGAAUGGAAAGAGGUUCCCCUAUUGGAGACAAUCCGGGUUAUUGUUGCACAGGCAGCAAGUCGCUUUACGGUGGGCUUGCCCUUAUGUCGUAAUCCAAAAUAUCUCAAAGACGCCAUAGCCGCCAACGAAAGUCUCGUUCUGACGGCCGGUCUUGUCGGCGCCGCCCCUCCCAUCCUACGACCUGUCAUCGGUCCAUUGGUUGGCCUGAAAACCGAGCUUAUACAAAGAAGAAUCAAGAAAAUUUUCGAGUCAACCUACCGUGCGCGUCUGGAGACGCUGAAAUAUGCCAAGGACGAUCCGGAGCACAAGGAGCCUGGAGACCACCUACAGAUGAUGGUUCGCUUCGCCCAGCGAGAACGGCCUCAGUAUCUCUACGAUCUUGACAUCAUGGCUCGGUACUUGACCACGACGAACUUUGGUGCGAUGCACCAGACAGGCAUCCAGGUGACCAACAUGCUGCUGAACAUCUUGGGCUCGGACGCGGAAUACAACACCAUUGCCGUUCUACGCGACGAGGCGACGCGCAUCAUGGGCUCCGAAGACGGCAACGGCCGCUGGACAAAAGCUAAGCUCUCCAAGAUGGUCCAGGCCGACAGCGUCGCGCGCGAGACCCUCCGCUGCCACUCGUUCGGCGGACGCGCCGUCUUCCGCAAGGUCAUGGUCGACGGGCUCGAGACCGACACCGGCCUCAAAUUACCCCAGGGCUGUCUCUUCUCCUUCCUAAGCCAGCCCGCACACACUGACGAAGCCACCUACGAGGACCCAGAUCAAUACGAUCCCUUCCGCUUCUCUCGUCUGCGCGAGAAGGCUUCCAACGGCGGGGACCCAAGCGAAAUAGGUACUCUGAGCUUUGUGACCACCAGCCCGGACCAUCUCCCCUUUGGUCACGGUAAGCACGCCUGCCCCGGUCGGUUCCUGAUUGACUUCGAGUUGAAGAUGAUCAUCUCUUACGUGCUCAGCAACUAUGAUGUCAAAUUUCCAGAGGAAUAUAAUCACCAGCGGCCACCGAAUAAGUGGUUGACUGAAGCCAUUCUUCCGCCGGACGGAGUCAAGGUGUUGGUCAGGAGACGGCAUCCCUAG